CCUCCACCACCUCCACCACUACCUGCUCCUCCUCCUCCUUCUCCUGCACCACUACCUGCUCCUCCUCCUCCUCCUCCUCCUGCACCACUACCUGCUCCUCCUCCUGCACCACUACCUGCUCCUCCACCUCCUCCUCCUCCUGCACCACUACCUGCUCCUCCACCUCCUCCUCCUCCUCCUGCACCACUACCUGCUCCUCCACCUGCUCCUCCACCUCCUCCUCCUCCUCCUGCACCACUACCUGCUCCUCCACCUCCUCCUCCUCCUCCUGCACCACUACCUGCUCCUCCUCCUCCUCCUCCUGCACCACUACCUGCUCCUCCACCUCCUCCUCCACCUCCUCCUGCACCACUACCUGCUCCUCCACCUCCUCCUCCUGCACCACUACCUGCUCCUCCACCUCCUCCUCCUGCACCACUACCUGCUCCUCCACCUGCUCCUCCACCUCCUCCUCCUGCACCACUACCUGCUCCUCCACCUCCUCCUGCACCACUACCUGCUCCUCCACCUGCUCCUCCACCUCCUCCUCCUGCACCACUACCUGCUCCUCCACCUCCUCCUCCUCCUCCUGCACCACUACCUGCUCCUCCACCUGCUCCUCCACCUCCUCCUCCUCCUCCUGCACCACUACCUGCUCCUCCACCUCCUCCUCCUCCUCCUGCACCACGACCUGCUCAUCCACCUGCUCCUCCACCUCCUCCUCCUCAUCCUGCUCCACUACCUGCUCCUCCACCUGCUCCUCCACCUCCUCCUGCACCACUACCUGCUCCUCCACCUCCUCCUGCACCACUACCUGCUCCUCCACCUCCUCCUCCUCCUCCUGCACCACUACCUGCUCCUCCACCUGCUCCUCCACCUCCUCCUCCUGCACCACUACCUGCUCCUCCACCUCCUCCUCCUCCUCCUGCACCACUACCUGCUCCUCCACCUCCUCCUCCUGCACCACUACCUGCUCCUCCACCUGCUCCUCCACCUCCUCCUCCUCCUCCUGCACCACUACCUGCUCCUCCACCUCCUCCUCCACCACCUCCUCCUCCUCCUCCUGCACCACUACCUGCUCCUCCACCUCCUCCUCCUCCUGCACCACCACCUGCUCCUCCACCUCCUCCUCCUCCUCCUGCACCACUACCUGCUCCUCCACCUCCUCCUCCUCCUCCUGCACCACUACCUGCUCCUCCACCUCCUCCUCCUCCUCCUGCACCACUACCUGCUCCUCCACCUCCUCCUCCUCCUGCACCACUACCUGCUCCUCCACCUCCUCCUCCUCCUCCUGCACCACUACCUGCUCCUCCUCCUCCUCCUCCUCCUCCUCCUGCACCACUACCUGCUCCUCCUCCUCCUCCUCCUGCACCACUACCUGCUCCUCCACCUCCUCCUCCUCCUGCACCACUACCUGCUCCUCCACCUCCUCCUCCUCCUCCUGCACCACUACCUGCUCCUCCACCUCCUCCUCCUCCUGCACCACUACCUGCUCCUCCACCUCCUCCUCCUCCUCCUGCACCACUACCUGCUCCUCCACCUCCUUUGAAAGUAGAACACAGGAGUCAUGAGGAGGCUGGAGACGCACACGAGCCAAAGAAUGCACGAAUGGUCAACAGGUGA